AUGUGAGCAGAGAGGAAGAAAGUGGGCGAGCGAGAGAGUAGAGAAAGUGUGCGGGUAGCGCAGAGUCAAGUGGCUGUGUCCCCCACAUGUUUUGUUUUUGUUCAUAAAAAUAACCACAAAAAGCCAUCUGACGCCUCUCGGAGUUUAUGUGCACGCCGCCGCCUUCCUGAAGGAGGAAUCGGACGAACCAACGACAACGAGCCAAGUGAAUCGCCCACUCCUCACUACGGCGAGGAGUUGAAACACAGCCAAUUACCAAGAAGGGCAGAAUUGGUAACAAACAACCGCAGCUCGACAUUCCGAACUUGUGCGCUGAGCCAAUCGCCGUCUUCUCUAAAACAAUGGCUGAACGUCUGGAGGACCAUCUUCAAUGUCCCACCUGUCAGAACAUCUUCAAAGACCCUGUCAUUCUUCCGUGCAGUCACAACUUCUGUCGUGCCUGUCUGCAGCAGUGGAAGGACGCAGGAGAACGAUCGUGUCAAGUCUGUCGGACAGAGUUUAGUUUGAUGGAUCCGCCUUUGAACUUGGCACUGAGGAAUAUGUGUGAGAACCUUCCACGAGCCUCAGUCAAUUCAGAAGACAUCUGCAGCUUGCAUGAGGAGAAAUUUCAACUCUUCUGUUUGUUCCACCGGGAGCUUGUGUGCCUCGUUUGCAGAGAUUCAGAAAUCCACAUUGGUCACAAGAUCCGGCCCAUCAAAGAAGUUGUGAAAAGUCAUCGUGAGAAACUCCAGAAAGGCCUACAGAAGGCCAAGGAAAGACUCCAAGAUUACAACGACUGUCGAGAGAACUGCAACGAACAGGCAGAGUACAUCAAAGUCCAGAGGAAGAAUGUCGAACGCAAGAUUAAGAAGGAUUUUGCGGAGCUCCGUCGCUACCUCGACAUCGAAGAGGAGGCCAGGCUGGCUGCAGUCAGGGAGGAAGAGAAGAAGAAGAGUCAAACGAUGAAGGAGAAAAUGGCGUCUCUCGAAGAACAAAAGGCCGCUCUCUUGGAUGUCAUCAGAAGCACUGAGGAGCAGCUGACGUUUGGUAAUGUUUCUUUCUUGAAGAAGUUCAAGACUGCGAUGAGCAGAAUGGAGGAGCUGCCUGAAAAGCCGCAGCUGCUGCCAGGGGGUCUGCUGGAUGAAGCCAAACACGUGGGCAACCUCAAAUUCAAGGUAUGGGAGCUAAUGAAGGAGACGCUCGCCUACAGUCCCGUCAUUCUGGACCCCAACACGGCAUGUCCAGGAAUCAGUCUCUCCGAAGAUCUGACCAGUCUGAGUUGGGAAGACGUACAGCAGCAGCGUCCAAAGAAUCCAGAGAGGUUCCAGAAGGAGGAGUCUGUGCUGGGUGGUCCUUUGGACUCGGGAAGACACGUAUGGGACGUUGAGGUGGGAGACAGCAAUGACUGGGAAGUGGGGGUUGCGCUGCAAGACCUUCAUUCAAAACAGAAAAUGACUAAUUUUGUAACUGGAUUUAGGGAUGGUAAAUACAAAAUCCCACGUCGCCAAUAUGGAGGAUGGAAUCCGCCUGUCAAAAUACAGAAGAUCCGAUUUGAAGUGCGCGUGACAGAAAUGUCAGUGUCAAUUUCCACCUCUGAUCCUCUUUCAAACACCACAUUGUUUCAUUUUCAUUAUCCUUCAUUCUUUUUAUUCUUUUCCAGAAAAUACCAAACGUAUCCUUCCUUUUUCACAAAAAGUAAAAUUCCUCUAAAAAUUAUCCCCAUUCAACCUGGUGUUACGACUGCCAUCGAUUAGCGGUCAUGUUGACAUGGCUUGAUUUUCUGCUUUUUAAUGUCAUUUCAAUCAUUCCUUUUCUUUUAUCACAUGAUUUGACCAGAGGCGUCGCAUCCCAUUAGGCUAACCAGACAAUUGCCUAGGGCCCCCAGCCAGCAGGGGCCCCCAGAGGGCCAACAGAUUUAGCACACGCAGCUUUACUGAUCUGUCGCAGCGACAAUUGUAGGGAGUGUUUCAAUACCAUGGAAUCAUUUGGCAGUUAUCUAACGAUUCUGUUAUCAAUCCCAAUCAGCACUAACCAUGUCACGUAGAUUAUACAUGUUUAAGAAAGUCCAAUCAGCUAUUAAUACCACAUGAUUGUUUAAAGAGUGACUCACCAACAGUGUUGUCAGUAACGCGUUGCUGUAAUCUGAUUACUUUCUUUCAGUAACGAGCAAUCUAACGCGUUCAUUUUUCCAAGCCAGUAAUCUGAUUAAAGUUAGUUUCCUCUGGGCCUGUGCGUUACUAUUUUGUUGUUGCCUCGUACUGUAUGUAGAAUGAAGAAUAUUGUAGUCAUGUACGAAGAGCACUUGAAAAGAAAAUAAUGCGCUUGAGUUUGGGAGUGACAUCACAUCUCACGUUUUCUC